AUGGGUCAAGACGAAAAGAAUGAGGUCGUCAUGCUCGAGCAGCAAGAGACCAGGGAUGAGGGCAUCCUGAAGCCCGUACCCAUCAUUCAGAAGACAGAUUACUCUGGUGCCUACGAAAAGACCGACCCCAGGGAAAUCGCCCUUGUCAAGAAGCUGGACCGAUGGAUCAUGCCUAUGUUGUGGUCGAUGUACUGGCUCAAUUACCUUGACCGUAAUGCAAUUGCUCUCGCGCGUCUUGACGACCUCGAGAAGGACCUCAACCUUUCCAGCACACAAUACCAAACUUGUGUCUCCAUCCUCUUCGUGGGAUACCUCCUCGGCCAGAUUCCCUCCAACAUGUUCUUGAACCGAACUCGUCCUUCGCGCUACAUGGGCACCUGCAUGAUGCUGUGGGCUGUUGUCAGUGCCCUGACUGCACUUUCCAAAGAUUUCAAGGGUCUUUUGCUGACUCGAUUCUUCUUGGGAGUGACUGAAGCGCCUUACUACCCUGGUGCCGUUUACCUGCUUUCCAUGUUCUACACUCGCAAGGAGGUCGCUACGCGCAUUGCGAUUCUCUACACCGGAAACAUUCUCGCAACCGCCUUCGCUGGUCUCAUUGCUGCUGGUAUCUUCCAUGGCCUUGGAGACGUUGCUGGAAUCAGUGGAUGGAGAUGGCUCUUUAUCCUCCAGGGCAUUGUGACUUUCCUCAUCGCUGUUGUCGGCUUCUUCUUGCUUCCAGACUUCCCACACAACACUUGGUGGUUAACGCAGGAAGAGCGCGAUCUUGCAACCAACCGGAUGGCUCUUGACACUGUUGGCAACAAGGGCGAGACUUCAGUAUGGGCAGGUUUCCGCCAAGCUGCAAAAGAUCCUAUGGUCUGGGUAACGAACGGAUUCAAGAACUUCUUCCCUACUGUCGUCGAAACUCUUGGAUUUGAGGAGCUGAUCACGCUUGUACUCACAUGCCCGCCGUACCUCAUCGCCGGUGCUGUCACUAUUGCAGUAUCCUGGUCUUCUGGUAAAUUCAACGAACGUACGUGGCACAUCACCAUCUCCAAGUGCGUCGCCACCGUCGGUUUCCUUGUUGCCUGCGCGCCCAUCAGCGUCGCAGGUCGCUACACAGCCAUGGUAAUCUUCACCAUCGGUACCUAUGGCGUUAACUCCCUGAUUCUCGGCUGGUGCGGAUCGACAUGUGGACAAACCCCUGAGAAGAAGGCUGUCGCCAUUGGUAUCGUAACGACUAUCAUGAACGCCUCCUUCAUCUGGACUCCUUACUUGUGGCCCAAGUCCGAUGGGCCUCGCUACGUCAUUGCGCUCAGCUCCUCUGCGGCGUUCUCGAUUGCCACGUUUGCGCUGGCGUGGGUGGCAAAGAUUGUCUUUAUGCGCAGGAACAAGAAGCUCCGCGAGUCGGACGACGAGGUGCAAACUUUCUUCGUCUACUAG